UGGUGGGCGGCCAUCUUAGGUGCGUACUCUGAAGUGCUGUGGCAGGAUUGGUUCCGCAUCUGGGCUCGUCGGCUGCUCCCAACCUACCAGGGCCGGGUCUGGAGGCCUUCCCCGUGGGGCGGGACCUCGUAACGACCGACUUCAGGCGAAGGGUAACCCCGCUGGAGAAACAUAUAAGUUCUGGAGAUAGCAACUCGGUAUCAUGGCCGGCAGCCCUAGUGAAGAUGCAGAAGGAAGCAGAAUCACUUAUGUGAAAGGAGACCUUUUUGCAUGCCCCAAAACAGACUCUCUAGCCCACUGUAUCAGUGAGGACUGUCGAAUGGGCGCUGGGAUAGCUGUACUCUUCAAGAAGAAAUUUGGAGGGGUGCAGGAACUGUUAAAUCAACAAAAGAAAUCUGGAGAGGUGGCUGUUCUGAAGAGAGAUGGGCGAUACAUAUAUUACUUGAUUACAAAGAAAAGGGCUUCACACAAGCCAACUUAUGAAAACUUACAGAAGAGUUUAGAGGCCAUGAAGUCCCAUUGUCUGAAGAAUGGAGUCACGGACCUCUCCAUGCCCAGGAUUGGGUGUGGUCUUGAUCGUCUGCAAUGGGAAAAUGUAUCUGCAAUGAUUGAGGAGGUGUUUGAGGCAACAGACAUCAGAAUUACUGUGUACACACUCUGAACUGAUGAGCAUUUUGGAUAUGUCCGUGUUUUCUGGUGUCAUCCCUACUGGGCCAUAGGACUGGGCAAACUCACUUUAAAAAUUGUCAGAGGAAAGUUUCAUGUGAAGUUGUCUGUCACAGGCCAUGUUGGGUUUCUGUAUUCCCAUGAUUGGACUGGGACUCUGGAGGAGGGAUUGCUGGGAAAUGUUGCUGUGAUUUUUUUUUUCCUUUUUGCAAGAAAGUAGGUGAUAGCCUGAUGAUAGGCCGGGAAUCAGGUGUUGGGUUCUACCACCCUUGUUUUGCUCCAGGAUGCUACCUGAUUUGUUUGGCUUGCCACUAGGUGGCAGCAUUGAUUCUACUUCUCUGCUGUUUAAGAGAAAUUUCAGGAAGGAUGAACAUUUCAGUUAAUUUUGCAUCUUUUGUCAUUUGUGCAUUUACUUGGUAUUAUCCUUAUGUCCUCACAUUCAUCUUAGGAGAGAAUUUUGAGUGUUUGUUUAAAUUACAAAAAUGGGUUUUUACAUUGUUAAGGCAUUUGUGGAAACAAAAAUGGGAAAAUAAAUAUCUUCUUGGGCUACAGUGAGGUUCUGUACA